AUGGAGGUCUCCAACUACAAAACAACUUCACCUUCUCCCAGACGCACUGACCUGCAGCAGCUAGUCUGUCCGGGCGUCCAUACUCAACUUGAGCACACCAUCUCCAGUCUACUGGGGCACGGACCGUUUCAAAACGUAACUGCUCAGGUGAGCGACUGUUCUACCGUAGUUUCCGACGAUGUCCACCGUUUGCUCCGCAGUAGAUUGAGAGUAGGGAUGGUGGCUUGCGCAAAGCUUUGUUUAUAGUGAAGGCGGACUUGCGCGACAUCCAUCACACUCUCUCCUCCUCUCUCAGGUGUCAUGGCAGAGUCAAGAAGACUGAAGGCGGGAGAGGGCGCAGGUGGCUGCCACGGUGAAAAACCGCCCCUAGGCGUGCCAAUACACCCUCUGGUCCACAACAAACACCGUCGGAUGUGGUUUGGUAGCCCCACAUAAAGUAAAAAAACCUCAGUCACGUCUAAUACGCGACCGGUGGUAAUAAAGGGUUUUUACAGAUAGAGCCGGAGAACUUAUAGGCGAUGAGGUCAGGUAGUUGUAUGCAAAAAAGCUAUUGGGAGUGCGCGAUUGCACUUUCACUAAUUGAGAAAUAUCUGCGCUGACCCGUAACUGUAACCCUAGCCCAUAACUUUAACCCCGAAUCCUAAACCCCAACCCCAAACCCUAGUCCUUAACUCUAACCCCCUAACCAUAAUCCUUAACCCCAACCCCAACCGUAUUGUGUCCAUCGGGUGGGGCUACCAAAUGACAUCUUGCCACAAACACUAAUCAGGGUUUUACGCAACAAGAAAAAAUGGGGCGACUCUGAUCCCACUGGGUCGGAGUUCCACAGAGGCCACACUAACUAGAAGCCAUUGCAGCUUGACUUUUAACUCACCAGUCGGUCACUCCACACAAACACACCCUGCACUGACUGCGAGCUUCGAGUUAUCCCUUCAGUUGGUGGGCUUCCCAGCCACGGUUUUUGGCGCACAGUGGUAGGGCCAAACGUGUCAGAUUGUUUCCAGUGAGAAAUAUACGCUGAGGCUGUCGACCUCAUUCUUGCUCUCUCUUCCCACUCCCUGGCACUAGUCCACUGUUCGAGCCGGUGGGUGGACCAGGCACUCGUACGCAUGUGAGGAGUGCAUGCCACUUAAGAGAUGGUGCAUUUCAGUCGCUGACUAAAUGGUUACUCUGCCUCAGAAUGAUGGUGGCCCAGGCUAAUGCAGGGCUGUGUGUCACCCUUCUGGGCCUCAAGGAUUUGUGAGCGUCUGCUAUGUCAUGGUCAGCAACUCAUGGCCCUCGCAGCAUAGUGUGCGCUGGCAGUUCUCCGACACCUGGUUCCCUGCCGGCAGAUGCAUUUGCGUUCCCGCUGGGUGCACAGGUCAUGUCCAUGUUUGCCCAGCCAUCCUCCUCUUUCUGACUCGUUGCUGAGUUGCUUGUUGCAAAUCAGGGGGGUUUAGUGGUCCGUGCCAGCCACUUACGCCCUCUCCUACUCCCGGUCAUCUUGACUAUGCCUUGACACAGGGCCCAGGUGAGGAGGAGGGAAUGCGGUAGACGCUGCGCAAGUCUACUCUCACCAUAAACCAAUUCACGCGCAAGUCACUGUGCCUGCUCUAGCCCUGUCAGUUAAAUAAGCCGUAUUCGUCAUUAAUAUACUUAAACAAGUAGUCCUAACCAAUAGCAACUCAUAAGCACCGAAUGUGAUGGGCGUCAUGAUUGGCUAGAGGACAAGGUAUCCGGAACUUUAACAUACGAAUUGGCUACUCAUUAGGGAGAUCAGAACCCCUUUCAUUAGCUCGUUCGCUCUUCCGAUGGGUAUACUGGUCGUGAGAAUGGCUGCCCAGUCAUCAUCCUCGUCCUUCUGACCCGCUGUUGUGCUGUUGGUCAAAAUCCUGGUCAUUUGGUGUGUGGACCAGGGAGUUCGGAGUGGAGCGCCAGGGUGCGGACUCGACCGUGCCAUCCACCUGCGCCUCCCCCCGCCCGCCUCUGGUCGUCUUGACUCUCUCUUGACACCGGCAUCAGGUGCAGGGAGUACGAGGAGAGAGUGUGGUAGAUGCUGCGCAAGUCCACUGUCACCAUAGAUCAAUUCAGACACAAGUCCCCCUGCCUGCCUCACCUCGCCGUGGAGCGCACAGCGGACAUCAUUGGAUGCGACGAUUGAACUAUCAGGUGGGAGCAGUGGUCCACAAAGCCAGAGGGCCCGUCUGAGCGCCUCAUUCAGACGCAUAUGCCAGGGUUACACAUGCAAGGAGAAGCGGCUCGGAUCUCAAAUAUGCAACAGAAUGCAAGUAAGAAAGAGCCAUCACAGUCUGACUCCUAGGCCACCAAUCGGCCACUAAGCACGCAACUGAGCUGGCUGCAUAACCCAAAUUGAGGGCCUCUUGCAAGCAUUCCGCAUUGUGAAGGGAUUGGAGAGCAGCCUGGUCUUUGGGGGCUUUUGGAAUUCGCUACCACGACCAACCUCCGAGGUCACCCGUUAAAACUGCGCGUUCAGCGGGCAAGGCUGGAUGUGCAGUAGUUCGCCCUCUCUGUCCGAGUGGACAAAUCAUGGAACGCCCCCCUCCCCGCGGCUGUUGUGAUGUCAUCAUCGGUACAAAACUUUAAAAAGAACCUUGACAUUCAUGUUCCGAAAUGAACAAAAACGAUGAGAGUUCGAACUCAUCCCCUGAGACUCACUCUCACUUUUUCCCACCGUUAUCUCCCUGUUUGAAUUAUUUCAGUCAAGCUUAUUUCUCUAUACACCGCACACAACCUUACGCUGCAAAUGGGGCACUCAAAGGCCUACACUUAUUUCCUUCAAUAAACUGAACUAAACUGAACCUUGCAAGUCACGGCUUUAAGCGCACCGUGAAAAAGUCAAAUGUUUACCAGUUAGUCGGCGUUGCCUGUCAGUAGUAUAUUAGGCGCCUGCAACUUCCAUGACGCUUGUGGACAGAAGGACAGGUGAGUAUCGAGUCACCGUGACUACUUGAUCAACCACCUGAGGUCGCGUUCUUCUACCCACUCGUACGAAAAGCGGGCUUUCGGUUUUUUCAUGGAAGUCCGGGUCUAGGACCCGGAUGGAUUAUUUGGAAUUAAUAAAUCUUAUCGACAAAUACGAGGACGACUUGUAUGGUUCAAUCUGACCAGAAUUCUCACUAGCACUGUUCCCUACUUGAGUAAAUAUGCGUUUGACGCACAAUCCUAUAGGAUACCCUGAUAGCAUCCAACAGCCUCGCCUGCGUCCAAUUUCAUCGGAGACAGCAACGCUAUACACCAUAAAUCUUAUCCCACUAAUCGAGACUUGGACUGAUGGCUGAGGUGCCCGAAGCACACUCAUAUCUUAAGCAGCUGCAGGUCUAUGUUUUGCUCUCACUCACAGAAAUUCCAUUUCUGUUAGAAUAGUUGAUGUAUAACUCCCAUUAAAUAUACAGUGCGUGACCGAUCAGAUGAAAUUUUGGCCGAAAUCCUGAAAUGCUUAUUCAUUUAGGCAGGAUUACUUAGGUUGGGUUGUAAUGCUCUAUAAAAGCUACACUCGGCAAAAAUUGACUACCUACAGUGAGUGACCUAUCUCAUGAAAUGUUGGCUGACAUUCUUAAAUGCGUUUUCGAUUAGGAAGGAUUACUUGGUCGCGGUUGUAAUACUGACUAUCUUGCAGCAUAAUCUCAUAACAUUUCGGACUCGGCAGAAUGUCGGCUUUUAAAUGCACUUCCUUUCCAUCUCUUGUAGAAAGCGUACUUAGUAAACAAUGUCUACUCAAGUAGCAUGCAUUUUUCCGAUUGAUUUUCGAUGGUCUUGGAAAUUCAAAUAUAUUUUAUAGAAACCACAAACAAAAAUAUGCUGUCUUUCAGUCAAUCAAUAGAGAAUCACGUCUUCUUUAUAUUUUAUACUUAAGGAAGGAGUAUAAUUAGGUUUUAAAAAGUUUCUAAUUAUGAGACUUUUUAAGACCGCGAAAUGUCAAUUCACAUAGCAUCGUACCUGGCCGCUUACCACUGCUCCUCAUGAAAUGCACAACAUGGUCCGCAUCCAUUGCAAAAUUUUAUGGACUCUGUAUGAUAUCUCUUUAAUGGCAUAGAAAUAUAUGUGAUUUUCUUUAUGCGGAACGCAUGCACCUUGCAGACUGAAAUUACUCAGCGCUAAUGCAAUGAAUGAUCAGGCUCCAAAUUAUUCGGCAAUUGGAAAACCUUUUUUAAACCUAAUUGUACUCCUUUCUUAAGUAAAAAAUAUAAAGAAGACGUGAUUCUCUAUUGAUUGACUGAAAGACAGCAUAUUUGUAUUUACGGUUUCUAUAAAAUAUACUUGAAUUUGCAAGACCAUCGAAAAUCAAUGGUAAAAAUGCAUGCUACUUGAGUAGACAUUGUUUACUAAGUACGCUUUCUACAAGAGAUGGAAAGGAAGUGCAUUUAAAAGCCGACAUCCUGCCGAGUCCGAAAUGUUAUGAGAUUAUGCUGCAAGAUAGUCAGUAUUACAACCGCGACCAAGUAAUCCUUCCUAAUCGAAAACGCAUUUAAGAAUGUCAGCCAACAUUUCAUGAGAUAGGUCACUCACUGUAUGUAGCAUGUAUUUUUCCCAUUGAUUUUCGAUGGUCUUACAAAUUCAAAUAUUUUUUAUAGAAAAGACGCAUAAAAUAUGCUUUCUUUUACUUGUUUGGUAGAAAAUAACAUUGCCUUUACAUUGUAUACCCGACGAAGGCGUAGAUUUGGGUUUUUAAAAAGUUUCUAAUUAUGCGGUUUUCAAGAUCGUACGAUGUCCAUACAUACAACGUCGCACAUCACCGUUUGCCAGUCCUCCUCGUGAAACGUACAACAUAGUCCACAGCCACUGCAAAAUUUUAUGAACUCAACAUGUUAUCUUCUUAAAGGCAUAGAGGAAUAUAUUAUUUUUAUUGUGCGGAAAGCAUGCACCUUGUAAAGUGAAAUCACUAAAGGGUAAUGCAACAACUGAUCUGGCCCAAAAUUAUUGGGGAAUUGGGGAACUUUUUAAGGACCUUAAUAUACGCUUUCUUCGGGUAUAAAAUAUAAAGACAAUGUUAUUUUCUACCAAACAAUUAAAACAAAGCAUAUUUUAUGUGUCUUUUCUAUAACAAAAUAUUUGAAUUUAUAAGACCAUCGAAAAUCAAUGUGAAAAUACAUACCACAUAAGUAGUCAUUUUUUGCCGAAUGUAGCUUCUAUGGGAGGUCGAACCAAAGUGCAUUCAAAAGCCGACAUUCUAGCGAGUCCGAAAUUUUAUAGGAGUAUGUCGUUUGGUAAUCAGCAUGAAAACCCCACCUAAGUAAUCCUUCCUAAUCGAAAACGCAUUUCAGAAUUUCGGCCAAAAUUUCAUCAAAUCGGUCACGCACUGCAUGUCCUUCGGGCUAUGGGAUUUAUGAUUUAUGAUUUCGUUCUGUAUUUGCAAUAGAACAUGAACUUUUAGCUAAUAUUUCCAGUCGGUUUUCACUGGACGAGUCGGGUUUUCUAAUCAAAAACCCCUUUUGCAUCGCUUUUGGAAAAGUUACGUCACUUCGAUUGUUUUCUGCUGAAAAAGUAAAAUAAACCUCAUUUAAAGUAGUCCACCGAUAGAAAGUCGCUUUUUAUAUCUGACAGUUAGCGAGAGUUUGACAAAUCGCACCCAGGAAGGAUUAUGCCAUAACAUACUGCUGUCGAAGUUUGAAACAAGCAUUCGCAGCAGAAAUCAUUGAAACCAACAAAUGUCGCAACGGCUUAUCACGUAAAAGUGAUAAGCCGUCGCCAAAUUUGUUGUUUUAAGUAAAUUCUGCUGUGCAUGCGUGCUUCAAAUCCGUGCUGGUGAAAUAUUUCUGCAAACUUUCCAAAGUAGCAAACGACGGUUGGGAGUCUAGUCCCACAGUAGUUCGACAGAAAUCAGAAAGAGAGAGAGGAGGCGCGGGGACUAAGUUUUAUUUUAAAAGUAUCUUUCUGAUAUUUCCAGCCAAAAUAUCCUCCUAUUCUCGUGACCAGAAUACGGCGCAAUAGAUGCUGAAAGAGUUAAUGGGUUUGCACAUUUCGAGUCUCGACAUCUGUAUUGCAGUCCCUUUGCAUGUUAGGUAUCGUGCCAAAGAUGGCUAAACAUGAGCACUGACAUGCCGAUUUGCGCGAGAGAUAUGCCGAAAAGCACGGCGCGGGAGACGGAAAAAGUUCUCUGUCAUUAAUUCAGGAUGAAGGGAAUGGAGGGCAUCAUUCAGAAUUCGACCAGUAAAUUUUUUACUAAUUGUGGAAUAUGUUUGUAUUAAGAUAUCAGUCAAAAAUAUAUGAGAAACACAGGCAGCAGAAGAGAGCACUUGGAGGGCACAUUUUAAGAUGAGUACAUCUUUUUUAAGCAAGACAGGAACAGUAAUCGGGAACCAAUAUGGAAGGAGAGUGUGUGUAUGUGUAGGCCUCCUUCUUAAUAUGGCCUUUAUGGCACUCCCACUCCCUGGGGUACGCGCCGGGUGUGUUGGCACGCCUAGGUGCGGCUUCGGCCGUGAGAGCCUUUAUUCUUGUGUCGUUGUGGGUUAAAAUCCUGGACAGGUGUGUGUUGUGAACCAGGGGGAGUGUUGGCACGCCUAGGUGCGGGUCCGGCCGUACCAUCCACCUGCGUCCUCUCCUACCUCCGGUCUUCUUGACUCAGUCCUGACUCCGGGCCCAGGUUGAGGAUCGGGGAAGACAGAGUACGGUAGAUGCUGCGCAAGUCUACCACCACUAUUAACUAAGUCACGAGUAAGUCACCGUCCCUGUUAUCACCUUGCUGUGGAGCACACGGUAGACAUCGUCGGAGACAGCGGUGGAACUCUCAUGUUUAGGACAGAGCCUUGAGGUCUGUAAGCGUCCGCUUUGCCAAAAUCAGCAAACCAAGGCCCUCGCAGGCUGAAGCGCGCUGGCACUUCUUUGGCAGCUGUUCCCGGCCGGUAGAGGCGCUUGCGCUUCCACUGGAUGCACAGGUCCUCGCAUCUCCGCCGCUUUCGUUACUGUUGUUGAUGAUGAUGUUAUUGGUAAAAUCCUGCUCACCUGUUGUGUGGAACAGGGGGUGUGGUGGUACGUCUAGGUGCAGGCUCGGUCGUGCCAUCCACCUGCGCCAUCCCCUAUCUCCGGUAUUCUUAACUGGGUCCAGGCGGGGGGUAGGAGGAGAGAGUGCGGUGAAUACUGUUCAAUUCUACUAUCACUUUAAACUAAUUCACGGGCAAGUCACCGUGCCUUCUCUCGUCUUGCCGUGAAGCGCACAGGGGACAUCGUCGGCAACGACGGUCGGACUGGCGUGUGAAGGCAUCCACAAAUCUCCAGAUUAGGAAUUGAGAUGUGAAAAAGGAGCUUAAACAGCGAAAUUAAUAGGCAAGUUUGCAGAUUUUCGCAAAACAGGGUUGCAAUUCAAAAGGAGAAUGAGGGAUUUGAGGACAGGGCGACACCAGGCUACCGAAAAGGUUAUUCCUAGUUAGCGAGAAUGUCAAAGGAUUUUUGCUUGCCAGACUGGAAAAGUUGAGUACGAAGGCCAAAACAAUCUCUAAGUCAAGAACCAAUUCCUUCAGGAGAGCUGUACACAGAUGUUUUGUCGAGGAUGAGAUGGUGCGUGACUGUUUUGUAAGCAGAGAAGUAGUCUAGAUAUGCACAUGUGCACGCGCAGCAACAUUUGUCCCCUCACAUACUCAUUUACCGCCUCAUUCGAAUAAAUCUAUCAUUCCACAGACAGAAGGCAGUAAACGUCCAGGUAGGUACUGACCAUGAGACCAGGGGUGGUGUCAGUAGUCGUCACGGAGUAAGCAUUUGUAACUGCAGCAGAUUUCCUCCGUUCCAAUCAUGCUCCGAAAACAGCCUUUUCACCACCACCACUACCAUCAGCAAACUUCGACCGCCGACCCAGGAGCACACGACGACUCAACUUCACGGCAGGUGGUUGCCAGCCUUAAGUCUUUUCAUAGCCGAGGGUCCAGGGUUUCUGCAGAUGCCUUUGGAAGUAUCGAACAAGAUGCGAGUUACUGCUAAUCUUUAAAACUACUGAACGCUAUUCCAUCUUCUGGAGACGUCAGUGCUUUGAGUGGAAAAUGGUGCUAUAUGACGUUGCUGCUUGUUUUCUAGUGCGUACGCUGGGAGCAAAGUUGGGAAUGUAAAUGCAACAGGUCACGCCAUGGGCCUCAAUGCACCCGGUGGGGGUUUCAAGCAUCCGUUACCUAACAAAAAACUCAAAUUGGUGUCCUCAGUAAGUGGUCAUAGCCUCUUCGGGGCUUCUAUAUGCGGAUUAAAUAGGUUGAGGCCCCCCCCACCAUAAAGAAAUGUAUGUGGCCAGCGCAAGGCCAGGGCUUCGAGCCAAUUCGAUUGCGGAAUUGGCCACCUCCAAAUAUCAGCGGGAAUAGGAAGCCACUCUCGUAAUACAGGUUUCCUCCCUCUGUUCCGACCCAAACACUAACCCUGACCCCAAACUUAACCCUAAACUUAACCUCUACUUCAACCCUGUCCGCUACCUAAUCUACGGUGAAAUGCUUAUUGGUACACGUGGGCAAGGAGUAAAACUAGAGCACCCUAAAGCGGCCUCACGCAGGAUCGGAUGGUUUGGCGCACUGUGCUGUAAGACCUGAAGCAGUAACCCUCGAAGCCAACUGAAUAACCGAGUCGACGGGCGAGACGCGUAAAACAGACACGGAUGGCGUGGACAGACGUUGUAAGCACCCAAUCUUCGCAAAAUGUCCACAGUGUCAGCUGACGUCAGUAAAACGGAUUGGUUAAGUUGAAGAUCUUCGGAUCCACUGCAGUGUCAUUGCCAUCAGCCCACAUUCCACAGCUAGAAGCGUUAUCAUCGCGGAAGCCACGCCUCCCAUCUGCCAUCACUUUGACACCCAGUCAAAGUACCCGUUUACCCUAAUCAAAAAUCUUCGUGCACACCACACACACGGGACCCUUCCGGGACACAAAGCUGCAAAUCACCACCAACAGCGUUGAUCAAGUGCCAACUUGUCCUCAUUGGGUCACACAUUCCAAUCACGCACUGACUCUGUUGGUCUCCUGCGAAUCCAUCGCAGCAAACUCAACAGAGGCAGUGCCUAGUGUCUGAACCAGAACCUUUCACACAUGGAUCUAAUUAGCUAGAUUCACCUACGAGAAAACGUCCAGUUAAACCGGCACCAUUUGGUCUAUUGUACAACCCACGCACACACUAGAAUUGUGCAGUGACAAACUCGAUAGCAAGUGUAUAUACAUCGGUCGCUGGCAGAACAUCACACAUCACUCAUGCAACAGCCAUUAGAUCCAGUCUGCUAGGUUUGUUGCGAUUGGUGAAAUUACAUAUGUGGGAACGUGAAAAUCUCACUUUCAUGAAGUCUCGCGCACAGCAGACGCAGACGGCAACGGACGCCUGCAAGCGUGAGCCCUUAACUACCGUGCUACUUGCGUGUGGGAGGUUUUUGACUCAGGCUCACACUCCGCCAGUCAUUGCGCCACGCUUAACUUCUAGUCGACUUGACCCAGAUCAGAGAGUCAGGUCGAUCCAGCCAAGAUUCAGCGCUUAGCUCCUCACUAAGCCUCGACAGUGGCUUAAAAGGCUGCCAGAUGACGCGACGGGUCGGUCUCAUGGUCAGGCUGUAAUGACGAAUUCCCGUGCAGUGCCCGUCGUCUCUGGUCAAUACACUCCCACCGAAGACUGGUACCCGUGAUGUUGGGGAUCUGCCGUGUGUGGUACGCGUAGACGGUCGGUUAAGGUAUGCUAGAUAUUGCGCCCGCGCCAAAUUCCGAUCGUCCUGACUUGCUCUGACCCCGGAACGCUGGGAACGUGCGAAGACAGGACGAAGUUGAUGCCGAGCAUGUCUGUUCUUCUAUAAACAUUAGUAUCCUUAAGUCACGGGUACACCCACUCCGUGGAAAAAUGUGGACCUUCUCGACUGAGUCAUCGUUCUUUGUUUCACAGGCUUAAAUCACCUAAUUUAUCGUUGGCAAACUGCGUGGCAAUGCAUCGAAAUUUUGCUCUCCCACACGACAGACAGUGUUUCGAUUCUCUUCCGGCAGAUGUAAGCCAAACGGAAGAUGUUACCGACAAGGACAGUGCAAACGAGAGCUGCUCAUUUGUAAGUGACCAUCAACUACCCUGUGCUGUGGUAUUUCGUGUCAGGAUACUAUGAGCAACCUAUGCAUCUAUCGGGAUUCUAUUUGGCUGGAGCGUAUGAGCACCGCAUAUUGCAAUGUGCAGGAGUUCUCUCGCAGUUCCUUUGCUUGCAACAUAUCGCUCUAGCGUGGUUUACGAGACAGCAAUUGAAUCAGGCAUAUAUAGGGUAUUUUUAUGUGCGUCCGCUCACGCUUCCCGUAUUCCCAGUAUUCACCGCAUUCACCGUCCUCUCGGACAUUCCAUUUACGGUGGACUGGCAAAGUGGCCUUCCGACGUCUUAACUUUCUGACCUCCGAUUCGAACACCACAGUCAGUUCGUCAAAGCAAUUCUUGGAGAAACUUAAAGGAGUAAGUCUCCUGCCAAGCGAUGUCAUGGUUUCCUUUGAUGUCACGUCCCUUUUUACUUCUAUCCCGCAGGACCUGGCAGUCGAGACCAUCGAACUACUCCUACGAGAGAAGUGCGACGAAACGGAGAAUCGCCUCGGACACGCCCAAAUCAUCCAGCUCCUGAAGUUCUGUCUCAAGACGUCCUUUACGUUCGACGGAACAAUCGACAAGCAGGUGAAAGAAACGCCAUUGGGUUCGUCGCUUUCGGGACUCAUAGACGAGGCGGUCCUACAACGGCUGGAGUCGCUGGUUUUCCGACACCACAGACCGAAAUUCUGGGCUUGGUAUAUGAAUGACACCUCCGUCGUCAUCGAACGGGAUCAGGUGCUGACAUUCAACGAACAUCUCAACGCCGUCUUCCCGGACAUUCACUUUACGAUUGAGGGGAAGAAAAACCACCAGCUGGCCUUCCUGGAUGUACUUGUCGGCCGCAAAGACUACGGUGGUCAAAAAACCGAAGCGUUCAGGAAAGCGACAAAUACGACGCAAAUACUGAAAUUUUAUUGCAACCACCCGAGCAUUCCCACUCGCAGUUGCGUAAGGGCGCUAUACCGGCGUGUUGAGACGCACUGCAGUGAAAUGGAAGACAAGGUUGCUGAAUUACAAUAUCUUCGACGGGUAAUGAGAGCCAAUGGUUACCCGCGCAACUUUGUCAACCAGUGCAUACGAAAACGACACCACAGACCAACUCCAACCGGCACCAAAUUUUGGCGGGCUCUUCUGCACCUGGGGAAAGUCUCGAAAGCCGUCAGUCGUCUUCUCACUCCACUUGGAUUUGGGGUUGCACACAGGCCAGAAGCAAGCAUUAGGCGUCACGUCAUGAGACCAAAAGACCCACUCCAUGGCAGGAAAAGUCAGGCGUCGUUUACCGGAUCUGGUGCGGUUGCGGACAAAGCAACUACGUCGGAGAAACUGGGAGAUUACUCAGUACUCGAAUUGCCGAGCACGCAGCAGUAGUGAAGCGGGGGACGCUAGCUCUCAGGUGGCGAUUCAGUAGACGGGACCCGUCCAUAUUUUCAAAUUUAAAGAGGCCAAAAUCCAUGCAAGGGGUGACAACCACGUUAUCCGCGAGCUGCUCGAGUCAUGGUUCUCAGGCCCGCAAUCUAUCAACAGGCGUAAUGACCUCGCCUUACCGUAUUCUGUGCUCAGGUUUUCCCAGGGCAGGCGAAUCAGUCAUGUGGGGAGGACGCGGGUGAGUAAUAAUCUCAAUGACAAUGAGCCAAUUUGCCGAGCGAUUGCCACACCAGCAUCCAACACGGAUGACGAAAUCGCGGUAAUUAACGACUCGGACUCGGACCGACAAUCCACCACCGCAUCAAUUACGACCCCAGCGGUGAUUGCCAGAGCUGUUAAUUACAAUGCGCAUACGGUCCGAAGGCAGCCACGUGCUAUAAAUACUGCACGCCUGGUGCCACCAUCACCUUUAUCUGCGAAUGUCUCUGAUGAUGGAUUCGGGGGAGAAUCCGAAACGUCAGGCAAAUAAGCUUCUUGCUCCAGUGAUUGCAUCUUCAUCUUCCGCUUUGUAUACUUUCCAAGCAGCAUUACUGAAUAGGCAGAUACGAUGCUUUAUGCCUAGACAUUUUGCGUUUCUUAAAAAUAACCAGAAGCUUUUUUAACACCGCAAAUUACCUCUUUUUCGGCUAAAAGAACUGGAAAAAAUGUGUGGAUCCACCGAAUUAGGACAAAAUAUAUGUUCGGUGUUUGCCUUCCUACCAUAUUGUUCAGCUUUACAUUUAGCGACUCAUGGAUGCUUGAAUCUGCCCUCUUGUCGCGUAUCUUCUCUUUCCCUUUCCCUGCUUUAUUAAAGAGGAUUUUCUCGAUUUUGGACGUGCCCUUUACAGACUGUCUUCUGGCUUUAAAAGGUUCCUAAUCAUGACCACGUUACGAUGACACGUUGCAACCGACAGGCACCUGUUUUAAUCGAAUUCAUCCUGCCUUCAGCCCUCUUACACUGAUCUAGUUCCAUGACGCGCUUCCAACAGAACCCGUGAGACGCCCGCUCUGUUUUAUCGGCGUAACAGCGAUCAACUGAUACCAUCGCUGAGCCGCACUGGCUCAUAUUGUUGAAGAUCUAGGCGCACACUUCCCUCUCCUAAUCCUUCUCCUCCGUCCCUAUCCCCUAUCUAUCCUCUCCCUCCUGCUUCCGCUACUACUCUUUCUCCUCCUCACAUUCCUCUUUUCCUCCGUCUUCUUCUUCUUUUCCCCGUUUUUCUUCUUUUUCUCCUCCCCCUCCUCCCAUCUUCUCAUUCCUGAUGCUGCUGCUGCUGCCCACGCUCCCACUCCUCCCCCUCCUACCUCAUCUCCUUCUGCUCCUGCUCCUCCUCCUCCUGCUUCCUCGCCCUCUGAUUCCCGCUUUUCUAGCCUUGCGUGAAAAGAUAAAAACCACCUACUUCUACCGGUGUGCGUAUGUGUGUGCGCGUGCUUAUGUGCGUUUUUUUUUACCUCCUCGCGCACGCGAAACAUCGUAAGCGUCGUGGCACGCUGGGCGUGGUCGCCGCCGGUCACGCACAGGCGCAUUGAGCGCGUUCUCCGGUAGUUACCUCCGCGUAAUUGACCAGGCGACCUUACUGUCGCAGUCGUGUCGGCAUUCUAUUCCCGUCCUGCAUAAACAUGUACUAAAAAACUCCAUCAAAAUCUUUAUAGUAAUGUCUGUCCUUUGCUGCUAGACGGAGGCGCGACUGUGAUAGAUAACGCCGAGCGCAAAAGUGCAGUACGACGGGGAUGAAUCGAGGCGUAUUUGAACGGAACUCCGUCUGGACGCGAAUGUGGGUACAACUCUGGCUAGACCGAUAUUUACACGCCCUCACUUAGUUUGUAACAUUCAUGUAUUUUCAUUUUCUGCGGCAAGUUGACUGUGCUUUAAAACGCAAAUCAAAGGCCGGUUAAAGUCUGGGGAACAAUGUAGGAUAGUGCACCGCAUCCCGUGCCAAAACUGUCCUUGUAACUGCACAGGCCAGACUGGAUGCAAGCUUGGAUCACGCAUACACGAACACAAGCUGGCUGUGCGACGAGGCGACGCAUUAUCACAAGUGGCCGCCCAGACUUAAGAAAAGGGUCAUGAGUUUAACUUUACAGCCACUAAAAUAGUCGCCUACGACGGAAACAAAACAAACCGAGAAAGGAUUGAGACCUGGGCUUUGGAUGAGGACUCAGUCAAUCGAUUUAUCGAUCUGGCGACGGCGUACAGAGCCUUGCGCAGUCACCUUCAGUCUUGCGCCGUCGGUCAAUGAUUGGCUUACACAUCCUACAACUGUCGCUUGUUCUGUUGCUGUUACUAUCUCUGACGAUGGACUCUUGCACGAGUCCGAAAGCCCAGAACAAUAAACAAAAUGUUCCUGUGCUCGGCCAUCCUUCUUCUUCACUUGGACUUCAUUAUUUUCAUGCCUAUUCUCCAUUCUCUCCCCCUGUCCCGGGCUCAUUGAUCUGUCCUAGCUACAAGACGGAGUAUGCGGGAGUUUGAUUUGCCCCCGCCGACGGUUGCAUGAAAUGAGGCAAUUUGCAAGUAAGCCUUGUUAUCAUCCAAGUUGAGGGUCCUUUAGAACAUAUUUAUAGGGCAUCUACCCCAAUCAACGAAACAUUAACAAACCUCAGGCGCGGAUUCUGCCUGCUACAGGGCGUUCAGGUCAUGUAUUCCAUCACCGAGGUUCUAAGACUAGACAGCGCCGCCGUAUUCUGAUCGGUAACCGAGGUGGGCCAGCGAACAUCAUUACAGUAUUCAGAAUCGCAGACGUUAGGACGUUUAACCAUGAUUCGACUAGAUACGGAAUAAAGACCCUCCCGUACUAUAGGUGUUUUACAUUAAAUUCCAGGGGAUGUACUUAUUCCCAUAUUCUAAAUCUAACUUAACUUUCCUAAGCCUGGCCAUAGUCCUAACCCUUAUUGCUAUAACCUUAAAGCUAGCCCUAAACCCCCUGGAACGUACCCCAGGGCCACUUGCAAUAGGAAGACCAAUAAUCCAGUGCCCUCUCGCAUGAUCCACAAGGGACAGAUCAUCUGUCUCUGUGACCGACUGACUCUGGUUAGAAGUUCAGAUAAUGAUGAUGAUGAUGAUGAUGAUGAUGAUGGUGGUGGUGGUGGUGGUGGUGGUGGUGGUGGUGGUGGUGGUGGUGGUUGA